AUGACGAAUGUUGUAGAAUGUACCUUUAAAAUUCCCCCAGUUACUGCAAAAGCCCCAGAUAACGCCAUCAUUUGGAACACAUUUCAAUUUUGUGACGAAAAAGGGUGGUAUUCACUAACGAAUCAUGAUGAUAUAAGGCUUAGACCUACUUCCUUCAAUGAUGGCAGAAUUAAAUUUUUGGCACAACUAGAAAAAAUCCCUGAUGAAUUUGAAUCGAUCUUAUGUGGAAAAUAUGAUGCUAAGGCUUGGGGUAAGGACGGAUGUAACAUAGUUAUUGAAGGUGAAAAGGAUGUACAUAUUAGUCUUCCUGGGCUAAAAGAAAAAAUUAAUUACAAUCAUCGAGAAAGAUUUCCUACAUUCUUAAAAAAUUGGAAAAUUAUUGUAAGCAUGUUAAAUGAACAUAUAACACUGAUACGAAUAAACACAGAAACUGCACUAAUCAUAAAUAUAAAUGAAAAAAGCAAUGUAACCGUUAAAUGCGUAAAUUUCAAUAGCGGAUUCUUAUGUGUUAAUCCUCACUCAAAUUUAGCAGUUGCAUAUGGUGGUUUCGCCUUGAAUGAACUGAAAAAUUGUGAACUAGUUCCAAAUAUUACACAUGAAGGAGCAGAGUGGGGAUUUUUUGUUCAUUUAUUUAAAUGGGGACAUAUUAUUAUACCCAAGGAUAUAGAAAUUAAAUUACCAUCACCAGGAUUAAAGUUAAUUGGGAAAAAAAUUGAUACAGUUGCAAUAAUUUCUCUUCCACCGAAUAUAUAUAUACAUGUAAAAUUAGAUGGACCUAAAUGUAUAAGAAAAUUAGAAUAUGGGCAAGAUUAUAGCAUUACAGCAAUUAAGAGUAGUGAGUCAGAUAUUGAUAUUUAUUUGCUUUUUGAUGGGCAAUUAUUAAAAUAUGAAUUUUCCUUUGAUACAAGAUUAAAUAAGGUAGGAAAAGGAAGAUCUAUUAAUUGUGCAAAAUUAAAAUGCACAAAUAAGAGCAAGGAAGUAAGUUCCUUUGUUUUCCAAGAUAAAGCAAAUUGUAAAGUACUAUUAGAUUCCAAUUGUCCAACUGAUAAUAUGGGACACUUACUCUGCAAUCAAACUAUAUCCGUAUUCGAUGCAGAAACUGGAGAGUAUCUAAGCCACCCACAAGGUCUGCAAUUAACAGACGUGUUUACGACCUUGUCAUAUCCAGUAGACAAGGAAUAA